UGGUAAAGGCACGAAUUGACUGGAUACAAACAACGAUGCGGAGGACCAGGGUGAACAUUUGCUUUCGGGCAUUGUCAAUGCAAAGUUUUUGCAAUAAACGCACAGAUUCAAAACUGGAGACGUACGUAAAAAAUGCAUUAGAUAACUACAUGGAAUUAUAUCUACGACCCAUCAGGAUUUCACCGUGUAACUUCGGAGUAAGUUUUACAGACGCACACGUGAAAUACACGAGGUACAAUAUCCCACCGCAAAAUGAAAAGGUGCAUGUGAAAUUCUCCACAGUUUUUCAUGAAGGAUUUGAGACUCUAGACGAUCACUUAAAGAAGAAUACCGGAGUAUUUGAGAUUACUGAUGUAGAAAAUGAACUCGGUCUGGAUCGUUUUCCAGCGGUGGCGGCGUUACGGAUGUUCCUGAGCGAAAUGCGAAAACAUGAGGAGUGUUUGAAGGAAGCCGUGGAUUUACAUGGUCAGCUGACAGAUGGACACAGCGAGACAUUCAUCACAGCUCUUCUAGGGAGUCACCUCCUCUCUCGUUUAGUGUAUGGCCAGCAGUACAGAAUCUGUAGACACAAUCGUCACUAUAGACCGGGGUUCUGUCCGUGCUUCCACAGCAACUGUAAGGAAAAGAUCGUGUACCAACAUAUAGGUUUUGGUCAUGAAGAUCUAUGGUAUGGCCAGCCAGAUGUUGUCUUGUUCUCAAAGCAGGAGAGUUACCGCCACAUGGUACCUGUUUUAUUUUACGAUGGAGUCUCCGAAGAAACGGAAGACAUUGAUAGUAACAUGGAAUCAUUAGACAUCGACAGUUCAAAUGGAAAAUUUAAACACUUUGCUGGACAAGCUCUGAGUCAUGCUAUAACGUUUGCGUUUUACCAGUCCAAUUUAACUGAUGUUAGGAAUGCUGAGCCAUUGAGAAGUUUAAUUCCGUCCCUUGUUAUAACACCCAAAUACUAUUACCUUGUCAUGUAUGAUUAUGUGAAUGAUAUCUUGUUAAGCAGUGGACAUCAAGAUUCUUCUCUCUGGGAUGAUACAGGGUGCAGUUUUAACUCCUCAGCUAUUCUGCAUAUUUGGAUGAUUUUGAAUUACAGAGACUUUACCCCCUUUUUGAAUCUUAAUGUAAAAAAUUGUAUUGCACAUAGUUCUAAUGUUCAAAAUAUCUUACAAGAUCAAAAUCUUAUGAAAAAGACCAAAGAAAUUCAACGGAAAGACGAUUUUAUUUCUACCUCAGGAAAUGACAGCGAUGAUGACAAUGGGGAGGAUCUAACUGUUCUGUAUGUGAAUAAGGCGGAUUGAUGGAGAGGAUCUAACUGUUCUGUAUGUGAAUACGGCGGAUUGAUGGAGAGGAUCUAACUGUUCUGUAUGUGAAUAAGGUGGAUUGAUGGAGAGGAUCUAACUGUUCUGUAUGUGAAUAAGGCGGCUUGAAGGAAUAUUUCAUCACCAGGUUUAUUAUAUGAAAGUAUGUUAAGGAGAUAUAGAUAUGAUCAUGAUUCAUGAGAGAUAUACUUCAUAUUGGUUAUGAUUAUCACAUGAUUGUGUAUUUAUUGUUCGGAUAUGUUUGUGACAAAACGAUAAUAAAUACAAUUAGUAUCAA